AUGCAGCCCUACGAUGACCGACAAACCUUUUUGUUGCCUCGCCCUUGUUGGGUGAAUGACACUGAUGUGUCUCAUUGCACGCAAUGCAACACUUGCUUUGGACCCUUACGACGUCGCCACCAUUGCCGACAUUGUGGACAUAUCUUUUGCCACGACUGUUCGUCCCGAAGCGUCCCAUUACCGCAGCUUGGUUACGGCACAAAGCCCGUCAGAGUUUGCAAAGGUUGCUUUGAUGUUGCCUAUCUUGUCACUUAUGCUAUUGACGACGAUCACGGAUUACCCACUCAGAUCCAUGGCACGCGAGGGUUACUUGAAAUCGUCGAAAAAGGCAACGAAAUUGAUAUCCAAAAUGUGAUCAUGUAUGGUGGCAUCGAUGCUCUGAUUUGGUUGUGCCGAACGUCUACAAGUAUUCAGAUCCAUCACCUGACAACCACCAUUUUGGCCAUGUUGUCUGAAAGAGAGGCUGUACGACCUGUGAUGGUUACAAAGUGGGCACUCCCUUCACUGCUACACCUUAUCGAACACAACAUUUACCAUGACCAGAACAAGAAUAAGGCCAAUGAACAUGGAAUUCAGCAACAACAACAACAACAGCGAGAAAUGGCGUUGGAGAUUGUAAUCAACUGCAUCCAUGUAUUUUUUCACAUGGCACGUGCUGGAAUUCUCACCUAUAGCGUAGUUAUGGAAGACGGCAUCUUGGCGACAUUGGUGACACUUUCAGGAUUCGAACCACCUAGAGCAUGUGAGGAGGAUGUGGAGGAUCAAAGUCGGUUAACGGAACGAGGAGACAUCAUCCAAGCAUUGGCAGCAAAGACUUUAUCAGCGGUGAGUGGACAAGUGGCAUUUCAGGCUGGCAUGAUUGAAUGGGUUCACAACAAUGAUAAAUUCGCAUCUCUUUUCCGAUCCACCAAUGGCGAAGUGCGCAAAUACAUGACCAAAAGCAUCGCUUAUCUAUCUCUAAGAAAUGAUAAGCGCAAAUCGACAUUGCUAUCGGAGAAUGUGGCCCGUGCGCUUGUGUCCACCAUUGCAUUGUUACCACAGCACCAAGGCCAGCAUCCUGAACAACGUCGAUAUGAUCUCAACCACUACUUGACCAAGAAUGUGGAUGGCGAAGAAGAAAAGGCGAUUCAGCCUUAUCUACCACCGAAUCCAUCUACGAUUUCACAUGCAUGCUGUGCUCUUGCCAAUUUUGCUACCAGCCAGGACUCGCAGGUCAAAUUGAUAGCCCAGCCACGCCUCCUUCGAUACCUAUGUAAUGUACCCGCUGCUAUCCCAGGUCACGUGGAGAUCUAUCGCCAUAUCACACGCUGUCUCGCCAAUUUAGCACUUUAUGAAGAAAACCAUGGAUUGAUGCUUGGUUACUGUGAUGACUACGAACACCGAUACAAUGUACUACCGACAUUGAGGAGCAUCAUUGAGGAGCAAACUAUCACACAAGAUGUUCGACGACAUGUCAUUCGAGCUAUGGAUAAUUUGACAUCACCGGAGAAUCAUGAUCGCCAUAGCAACAAGCCGUCAUGGAACGAAUUAUUGGGCGCCGACAUCCAACACUUUAUCGCACGCAUUCUUGCCGAAAUGGAUGAUCAAGAUACACUUCGACGUGCUCAGCAUAUUCAAGAACGAGUUACCCAUGGCUAG